AUGAGCGAUUUUAAGAUGAAAAUUGACACGAUUCCUGCUGAAACAGAGCCGGAAAAGGCUGUAAAAGAAGUUAAGGAUGAAAAUAAAGUUAUAAAAUCCGAGGAAAAGCCGCCAAGAUCGCCCGAAAUGUCGUUCGUCGUUGGUGACUAUUGCCUAGUGAAACGACCCGCGGAUAACAAUUGGCGUACGUUUUUACUGAAAUUUGACAAUUUUUUUCUUGUUGCUUGUGAUAUAUUUAUACAAGCUACUAGCUGUGAUAGAUUUUGAGGUUUUCCUUUAAAAAUUCUUGGUUUAAUAGCAAGUUUUAAGGGGGAAAUUUUCUGUAUAUUUGGGUAUGUUUAUAUUUUAGUCAGGCUUAUAAUUCAUGUUAAUUAUUAUAAUCUAUAUUAAUAUAUUAUAGAUCCUGCGGAAAUUAUUCAAAAAAGAACUAACAUUGAUGAUAAUUCAAUUGAAUACUACGUUCAUUACAGUGGAUGUAAGUAAAAUUUGACAAGUAAGGGUUCAAGUUGCUGCACAAAACAUAAAAUCGGGUCGUUCCAGAAAAAUCCACACUCCUACUGCGAAGGAAAUUUCUGCCGUCCAGAGGGGGAGGGGAGAAAAUUGUUUCCGAUAAUAGUAAGUGUAUUAGGAUGUCUGAAGUUUCCAAUUUCCUCUGUGGAGUGGUGUGGAUAUUUUCUGCAAUGACAAACUGACAUUUUUCUAAACCUAUUCAAAUUAUGUAUAUAUGUAAUGCACUUGCUAGGCACUGCAUAAUAGUACGGGCCUUAUCAAGUGUUUUGACUGAAAUCAAUUAUUUUUCCCAGUUAAUCGUCGUCUUGAUGAGUGGGUAUCGGACGUCAGGGUUGAUGUAUUUAAGACAAGUAUACCUGAAGAAAAGUCAGAGGAAAAGUCUGAUAACGAAGGGCCUGAAAGAAAACUGACACGAAAUCAAAAACGAAAACACGAUGAGAUCAACCAUGUGCAAAAGGUGAAAAUAAAGACAUUUUUAUUACAGAACCAACAUGAUUUCUUACACUGCCAAACUGUAAAAGUUGACUUGACUUGGGCAGGAUUUGAACUCGCAUCUUCAAAACUCCAGCCAGCUCUACCUAUUGAACUAUUUAUCAAGUUGUUUCUAUCAAUAUAUUUUUAGACGUACGCUGAAAUGGAUCCUACAACAGCUGCAUUAGAAAAAGAACAUGAAGCAGUAAGUAUUGUAUUCAAUGUGUAUUAUGAUACUUUUUGUGUGUGUUGGUGUUAUGUACUCAGGUGAAAUGAUGUUUGUGAUGUGACUCUGAGUGUGUAUCCUGUUCUUUUUGGAGUGCUGACUUUGAGUGUUUUAAUUGCAGAUCACAAAAGUGAAGUAUGUGGAUAAAAUCCAGAUAGGGAAAUAUGAAAUAGACGCAUGGUAUUUCUCACCAUUCCCUGACGACUAUGGUAAACAAAACAAGCUCUGGAUCUGUGAAUAUUGUCUCAAGUACAUGAAAUACGAACACACGUUUUGUGAUCACAUGGUAAGUGUUUGUUAAGCAACUUUUAGACAACAACAAGUUCAAAGUGGGGCUAACUAUCGGUAGUAGUAUACUCUCCAAUCAUUUGAUCAGGAUGAUUUGGCAACAUUGCUCAUAUUCUGUUAUUCAUCUGAACAUUUAAUCACUUUAAUUUUGUUUCUUUGUGAUAUUAUAUCCAUUUGUUCAGACAAAAUGUACAUUCCGUCAACCUCCUGGGAAGGAAAUCUACCGUAAAGGAACAAUUUCGGUUUAUGAAGUUGAUGGCAAAGAUCAUAAGGUAUGUCGUGGACUGCUUUUCAUCACAAAGUGGAGAAAAUCUGCUCACAAAUGAGGUGCUAAUUUGAAGUUUGCGUUAUUGUGUUUUUACAUUAGAUCUACUGUCAGAACUUGUGUUUAACAGCAAAGUUAUUUCUGGACCACAAGACGCUUUAUUUCGACGUUGAGCCGUUUGUGUUUAACAUCUUAACAGAAGUGGACAGAGAUGGAGCUCACUUAGUGGGAUAUUUCUCAAAGGUACUUGAGUGUCUGCUUGGAUAUAUUCACAGAUUUCAGCCAGAAAAUGUCAUUUAAAAAGAAUGAAUUACUUUUUAGGAAAAAGAAUCACCAGAUGGGAAUAACUUGGCAUGUAUUCUAACGCUACCACCUUACCAACGAAAAGGAUAUGGGAAAUUUCUUAUUGCAUUCAGUAAGAAGACCCUUUCUAUUACAGUAUUUAAUUUUAAUUGACAACUUGCUACAAGGUUUUUGAGCUCAACUGACUUGUUACAAGUUGUUCCAACAACUUCUUGUUGUUCUACAAUUUGUCAACAAGUUGUGAGUGACAACCUUGUAGCAACUUGAUACUUUUAAAAUGUACAAAUUCUACUAAUUCUUGAUAGGUUACGAGCUGUCCAAGUUAGAGGCAGCGGUUGGGUCACCAGAGAAACCUCUGUCAGAUCUUGGAAAACUGAGCUAUCGUAGUUACUGGUCGUGGGUACUUCUUGAUAUUCUCAGAAAUCUGCGAGGAGCUUUCUCUAUUAAAGAUUUAAGGUACGCGUUUAGAAGUAUGUUUAAGUUAUGUAGCAUGCAUAAAUUAUACAAAGGGUAAUUACCUAUUCAAAGCAAGACAACUUUUUGCGGAUAAAAACAUAAACUCCUGUAAUUAAGGGUACAUUAUACCUGAUAGGUUUCCGUAGCGGCGCGAAAAAACACCUAUCCGAUACGGAAUGUACAACUUUCAGAAGCUGAGCGAGACAACAUCUCUCCGUUACAAAUAAUUCCUCUGAAAAUAGCGUUCCUAAAAGGUGCGGAUAGUUGUUUUUUUCGUACAGUGUCAACGCAAGGCAUGGCCCUUACUGGAACGUCAAAUUAGAACUGAAGGAACAACUAUCAAGCAUAAAUACAAAAUAAUUUUAUUUCCUCUUUCUUGCAGUACGAUGACAAGUAUCACCCAGGAGGACAUCAUCAGUACGCUACAAUCUCUCAACAUGAUCAAAUAUUGGAAGGGACAACACGUGAUUUGCGUCACACCAAAGCUAGUGGAGGAGCAUGUCAAGAGUGCGCAAUACCGCAAACCAGUACUGACUGUAGACACUUCCUGCUUGAGAUGGGCGCCAACGAAGAAAGUGAAGAAAAUCAAACAUUGA